AUGCUUGCUGCAACCAUCAAUGCGACUUCGGGCUGUGAUGGAACUGCAGCCUCUCAUUCGGCUAUGCUCAGCAAGGCUGCAAGAAGUCAAAGGGGCGAUCCCUCGUGCCGAAAUAAUCCUCUUUUCCAUAACCUCCGACAACUCCAUCGCUCUACUGUUCCACGUAUCUCACAUGAAAUAGAGACUCUGGAACGCAAGGUAUUUACUUCUCGUGAAGCGUUCCCAUUCAACGACAAGCCUCUUCACCAGCGCAACAUGGAAGUAAUUGUCGGUCUUUCGGACCAAGCAGGAAAUCCCUCUGUUGUGGCCUACGCUGUUGUGGUGAAAUGGAACCACCGACUACUUCUACACAAAAUUUGCGUGGCACCGGCCGCAAGAGGCCAGGGCAUAGGUGGACUAUUGAUGCUGAAGAUCAUUGAAGACUCGAAACGGUGGUCCUGUCGCGCAAUCGAUCUUUGGGUCGACGAAGCGAAUCAGGUCGCUAGGGGCCUCUAUACCAAGUGCGGCUUUGUCGUGCAAGAAACGAUCAACGACUACUAUUCACCCGGUAAGAAUGGAGUCAAGAUGGUCCGAGCUUUGCAGCCUUGA